GCGCGGCCCGGCGGGGCGGGGAAUGGCGGCGGCCGCGUUCGAGCGGCGCGUGCUGCGGCGCGGGGCCGAGCAUCACUAUCUGCGCGUGCGCCUGGAGCUGCCCGACGGCGGGGUCCGGCCCAACGCCGCGCAGUUCAAGCAGCUCGUGGUGACAGCGCUGAGGGAGCUGCACGGAGAGGUUGGAGCAGCUUUACCUGUUGAUGUCUUAACAUAUGAGGAAAAAACUCUGUCUGCCAUAUUAAGAGUAAUUAGCAGUGGCCUUGUCAAGCUGUGGAGUGCUCUAACCUUGCUGGGCUUCUACCAGAACAGGAGGUGUGCCUUCCGGGUGCUGCAGACAUCUCCGUUUCUACUUGCAUUAUCUGGCAACAGUAGAGAAUUAGUCUUGGACUGAAUGCAGUUGUUGGUUCGGCUGCAUGCAGGAGAAGUUCCUGGAAAUGUUGUGGUCCUUCAGGCGUGGAAUUUCUGGAGGGAUUUUCCAACAAAGAGCCUUGACAAAGCCAACACUUAUCAACUCACUGCUUGGACAUGCCGUAUUUCUGAACUUACAUGUAAAAGUUGGAGACAAAGCUGAACUUA